AUGCAAGGAACCUACAAAAACAAUGGGCUUCCCAGGCCCUAUUACAUGAAACCAAGUACCAAAAAGAAGUUUCAGUCUCCAUACGAUAAGAUGCCUCGUACUUUUUUCACAACUCCUAUGAGAAAAAUCAUUGGUUACAUCUUGAUGUUGCUGUUGUUUGGCGUAAUAAUGUAUUGGGUUGCGCAAGAUAUGAGGCCGACACCUGAUCCAGAAUACGAAGUAAUUGCACCUGAAUUGUUGAGAAACAACCCUAUACCCCAGGUGAAUAAACCUCAGGAGAACUUUGACAACAUGGUCAAGAUUGGUAAAAAUGCUGAUGGUGAGAUCGACAAUGUAGACUUGGCAGGAAACAUGGCUCAGGGGUCCAAUGGCGAAAUCGGAUUGGGAGUCGCCGAAGCACCCAAGGGAGGAAUUGCAAACGAAGGAGCGGUGGUGGGAGCAGAAAAGGAAUUGGAUAAGCCUCGAAAUCCCAAGGCUGUGGGAAAUGAGAUCCCAGAGAAACCAAAUAAGGGAGAGAGAUGA